AUGAGUUCGCGUGAGUUGCAGUCCUUGUAUGCAGAUCUUAGCCAAAGACUGAAUGUCCCUGUGAGUGGGCAGUUUGUUCCUGAGAGAUUGGGGCAGUCGCCACCUGAUUUGAAUGUGCCAGCUUUCGUGAGACAUCAAGGUAACACGUUACCUGGUGUUCCAGCUCCAGCUGAAAAUGCGAGGAGCAGUGAAGACAAAGACGUCUUUAGUCGCAGUGAGAAGUGGCUAGGGUCUCCACCUACGCCAAAUCAUCAAGCGUGGAAAGGGCGUGAAUCUGAAGUGCUGGGCAUGAAUGCCUAUAUUCACGAGUUGGUUGCAUGGGCGAACCAAGCAAGUGUUGAGUUUGGGAAGGAGAUCGCUCAGGCCGCGCGAUGGCCUACACAGAUUGCAUGGAACACGUUGUCUAAGAGUCAACAAGCGCGAGGAGUUCGUUUGUUUAGUGUGCUGAAGGCAGCGUUUGCAGAUCAUGGGCGGAUAACUCUUAUGAUCCAAAGUUUUGGAGAAGGGCUUGACAUUGUUGCAGUCGCCAUGCAGGGAGAUGUUUUUGGCUAUGAGUCUCAGGGCGAUGCUGAUGGCAAGAACGUUUCGAGCGCAGGACUCGUCAGCUCCAGUCUUUGCCUGAGAGCGCGAAAGCGUAUACGUUACAUCAUUCGCAAGGUGAGACAUAUGCCUCAUAUCGAUCUUCAGCUUUGCGAUGGGAACAUCAGCAGCGUUUGUUCGCCUGAGGCAGGUGAGGGAAUGGAUGGUCACGUCUUUGGCAUGAGUGCUAGGCCUUCUGAUGCUGGGCCUAAGGGUUCUGAUGGCAAAGGUGCUGCUGCGGCCAAGGGUCAAGAAACGGGGGUUUGGUGGUACACAGAUGCUGAUGAAUCUUUUUACACCGAGGAAGGUGAUGAGCAAGAAGCACAGCAGGUGGACUCCACUCUUGUGUUAUCUUGUGUCAUUGAGUUAACUGAUGAGCCCAAUACGCGGUUUAAAGCUGUCCUUGAGGACAGCGAGUCGGUGUCUGUUGUGCUCCAAGAGCAGUUGUGUCAACCUUUGUUGCAGUCGUUGGGUCAAUCGCUUGGAACUGAGUUUUGGCUGCUUGACUCAGGUGCGUCAUGCUGUGUUGUCAAUCACGUGACUUUGAAGACGCUUCCGCAUGAUGAGUUGACUGCAUGUGGUUCGACGUUUAUGGCUGCGAAUGGGACUCCUGUUCCUUUUGAUGGUCGUUGCCAUGUUGUGCUAAAGGUGCGCACAAAGGAUUCAAGUGGAGCUACCAAGAAUGGUGUCUGCAAGAUUCCUGUGAUGGUGGGUGACACUCCUUACAAUAUCCUGUCAACGCGGACUCUUGGAAGGCAUGGCUGGCGUGUUGUCUUGGAUGAAGGCGUUUCUGUGUGUCAUGUGAAGUCGGGUGUUGAUAUGAUUGAUACCUGUAUUUGGUGUGACACGCCUUGGAUCCGCGUGAUUCCUCAUUCAGAAGGUGAUCUCUUGUUGCCGUCGGGUGACUCAGUUGAUCCUGCUCUAAUUUCCUCAAUUGGACAUGUUGCAGUUGUUUCGCAGAAGACCAAGGAAGAUCUUGAAAUUCACAGAGCAAAGGGCCACAUGCCCUUCCAUCCCGAUUGCGAACAUUGUCUGAAGUCCCGAGGUGUUACCCAACACAGGCGAAAGUCUGAGCGCGGAGUUGAAACAGAGAUUGUUGCAGAUUUUAUGUUUCUGGACUCUUCUGGAGAGAUGAUCAGCGUGGCUGAGCGCCAGACAAGUAGCUCUUUCAAGGUCCUCGUCCUUCGUGAGGCCUUUUCUUCUUCUAUUGGGGCUGUGAUGAUAACUGAGAACAUUGCAAAAGACAGAGGUCUUCUUCUGAAGUGGCUUGCUGAGUUUGGGUUGUCGUCCUCACAAGCAAGCAUUGUGCUUUUGACAGAUUCCGAAGAAGCGGUGAAGUCGUUUGUUGCAGGUGCGUCGGAUAAGUACAUUUUUAUGGUGCGCAAGGCUGCGCCACAGGCUCAUGAACAGCUUGGCGGUGCGGAAAGGACAGUCCGGGUCCUUAAAGAAGGGCUAGCUACCUUGCAAAGUGAUUUUCAGUCGCUUGGUUGCGUUUUGUCGUUUCGGAGAGACUUGCUGCAGCUUGCACUUUCUUACCUGUGCAUGAGUGUGAAUGCGAAUGGCAAAGCUUUUGGCGGUGAACGCCCAAAGGAGGUUGCAGUUGGUCGAAGGUUGCCAGAUACCCCUUUUGCGUUGUUUGGGUCCAAGGUGCUUGCUGAGGUCCCUGAGUCUGUGAAGGCUUUGUGCCCGAAUAUGUCGCGUUUUGAGGCGGCAGCGUUUCUUCAUCCGCAAUUUGGGUCGCUUGGGAGCUUGGUGUAUGCGCAUGUGCGUGUGGGCCAGGUCUUGACGCCAAAGGUGUUUGUUGCCAAGUCGAUCAAGCUUGUGUUUCCGAUUGAGCUCGUUUUUGAGUCGGGGAUGUUUGAAGUUUUGCGUCGUCGUGGUGAGCUUGGGCCUGAGAGGCCAGAUCAUCCAGUUGCGCCUCGGAUUCUUCCGAGUUCCCAGGGUGCCUCUUUGAAGUGUCCUGUUUCCGGUCCUCCAAAGGAGUUUUUUGAGAGGUCUGAAGCGUGGUUGCGGUCGCAAGUUGCAACAGAUGACAGCAUGGACGUUGAAGUGCCUGUGGCUUCGGAUGCAGAGGCUAUGCGUGAAGCUCUUUCUGAGCUAGCCGAGGAUGAGUCGAGGCAAGACCGAGCUGUGGAGGAGGCUCAGGGUUCUCCUGUGCCUCCCCCGGCCAGUGGGGACGCUGCUUCGUCUGAGGCUCCAGCGAGGAUUGUGAGCGAGGCGGCCCCUAGUGGUCGUGUUUUUACGCGUGGUUGUCCUGCGUGUGAGUCUGGCAUGAAUGCUCCUGGCAUUCGUCACAAUGCUGAUUGCAAGCGAAGGAACCAACAUCUGAGUGUUAGAUUUUCUGUUUCUGGGGAGCCCGAUGAUGACGAAGCUUCAUCCAGGCGUCUGCCUGAAAAUCUUGAAAGAGCUGCUGCCCCUGAGUCUGAGGGCAUUGGGGCUCUUGAUGAGGACACUGAGAUGCCGUUUGCCGAUACUGGAAGUGAAGGCGGAGGCAGCCUAGAGGCUGAAGAAGUGCUUCGUGGAAGCAGUGCUGUGAAACGCUCCUCUGAAGUCCCGUUGGAAGAUCUAGAGCGUGAGAUCAGGUGCACGAAGCGCCGUGGAAUCAGUGGAGGAGUGUUGACACUUGAUGGCUGCGUGAUAAAGACUUUGUGUCGCCACCAACAGCUUGUGUCGCUGUCGUCGAUGGAGUCAGAGCUGUUUGCGUUGCAGUCGGUUGCUCAAGAAAUGUCGAGUCUUGGAAAGUUCAUGGCAAGGGUUUUCAUGUCGUUUCGAGAAAGCGAGGAAGUUGAAUUGCCUGGGGUACUUUACAGUGACUCAGAAAGCGCUUUGAAGCUUCUUCGCAAUUUGGACACACCCAGGCAAAGCAGACAUCUUGAGAUAAGAGUCGAGUGGCUUAAAGCUCGUGUCGCGGCGGGUUCUUUGGUCCUUGCUUUUAAGAAGGGAAUCGAAAACCCGUCAGACCUCUUGACUAAGUGUUUGGGGUCCUCGGUUUUCGGUAUACAUCGUGAAGCGUUGGGCUUUGAGUCGCUGUCGGGACCACUUGCGUCUUUAUGCAAUCAUGAGAAGAGAUUGGUGAUGGUUGAAGUGUGCUGUCGACCGCAGUCGAGUGUUCAAGAUGCAUGUCGCAGAGUCGGGAUGAGUUACGUUGGCGUGACUGAGAACAUGCAGAGUGACAGCGUGUUCAAAGAGGUGCGUCGAUAUCUUCUGAACUUUGCGUGUGACUGCGUGUUUGUGCAUGUGUCCACGCCUUGCUCUUCUGGAUCUUACUUGCGUCGGUUCUCUGGCGGGAGCUCGUCGAAGUCGGAUUGGGAAUGGUUUGAGGUGUUUCCUUGUGUGUUGAAGUACUUGAAGCUUGGGAAGCACUCGAGCUUUGAGCUGCCAUGGAACAAUGAGAUUUGGCAACAUGACUUGUGCCAGAAGGUGCUGAAGAAGGCAGGCCACACGUUCGAUGUGCCGGUGAGGUUGUGCAUGACUGGUCUUUGUUCGAAAGGGGGUGAGUGCGAACUCGUGCUGCCAUGGUUCUCACGACCGAGGGAGCUGCGCCGUUUGCUGGAUAAGAUGGAUUCUGCAGAUGGCUUGGCUUCGACUGCCAAUACUUCUAUGACCGAUGGGACCAAGCGUCUCAGAGAUGUGGGUGGAUAUCCAGAGGAUGGGUCUACUGCAUCAGGUUCUGCUUGCGGUGCCCAGCUGCCGAUUUCAAAGGGAAGCGCAAAGGGUGUCGUGAGCACGCCCAAGUGUUAUGAAGACCUCGUCGAUGCCUUCGAGGGGGAAGAGUUUGGGGAGAGUGACAAUGUGAUUGUCGUGAGCUAUGCGGGUACUGAGGUCACCUCGGUGCCACUUCCAAGUGAUCUCUCCGUGGAGGAUUGGGGUCGAACAAUCUGCGAUCUGCCAAAGGUCCAGAAGAAUAAGACUUGGUUUAAGAAGUCCUAUGCGGCCUUGGUCAAGCUAUCCAAGGAGGAUAGCGACCUUGCAAGCUAUCUCAAUUGGGUCAAGGAGAAAUUUGGUCGCAGUUACGAUCCGACGACCCCAUCCAGUCAAGCCUCGGAUCUUGCGGGGUAUUUGAUGAGGAUUGGUUUUUCAAAGCAGAAGGGAUUCCAGCGCAAACUGGCGGAGGAGUGA